AUGGCUCUUUCCUUUCACAACUACACCAGUCCUCAGAAUGUGUGGUAUGUUCUGGUUGGAAUCCCAGGACUGGAAGAUUUGCAUACCUGGAUCGCCAUCCCCAUCUGUUCUAUGUACAUCGUGGCUGCCAUGGGCAACAUCUUCCUAAUCGUGCUGAUCAUGUCGGAGCGCAGUCUGCAUGAGCCAAUGUACCUCUUCCUCACAAUGCUGGCCUUCACAGACGUGCUGCUCUCCACCGCCACGGCACCCAAGAUGCUGGCCAUCUUCUGGUUCCAUUCUAAGGACAUAUCCUUUGGUAGCUGUGUGGCCCAGAUGUUCUUCAUACAUUUCAUCUUUGUGGCCGAAUCUGCUAUUCUCUUGGCCAUGGCAUUUGACCGCUAUGUAGCUAUCUGUCACCCGCUGAGAUACACCACAAUCCUCACCUCCCCAGUCAUUGGGAAGAUUGGUUUAGCAGCUGUGGUCCGGAGCUUUUUAGUCUGCUGUCCAUUCAUCUUCCUAGUAUACCGGCUUUCCAACUGUGGGAGAAGCACAAUUCCCCAUUCCUACUGUGAGCACAUGGGCAUUGCCGGACUGGCAUGCGAUAAUAUCAAGGUCAACAUCAUCUAUGGCCUGACCGUGGCCCUCUUGUCUACAGGGCUAGAUAUUAUAUUCAUCAUUAUUUCAUACACAAUGAUCCUUCGUACGGUUUUUCGGAUUCCUUCCUGGGCUGCGAGGUAUAAGGCCCUGAACACAUGUGGUUCCCACAUCUGUGUUAUUCUGAUGUUCUAUACACCAGCAUUCUUUUCGUUUUUCGCCCAUCGCUUUGGAGGCAAAACCAUCCCUCGGCACAUCCACAUCCUGGUUGCCAACCUCUAUGUGAUGGUGCCUCCUAUGCUCAACCCCAUCGUUUAUGGAGUGAAGACCAAGCAAAUACAAGAUCGAGUGGUUUUGCUUUUCUCCCCUAUGAAUACAUGUUGUUAA